AUGACUCAGCAUAUCAUGACCCAGCAUAUCAUGACUCAGCAUAUCAUGACUCAGCAUGUGAUCCGUAAGGUCAACAAGCAGCACGCCGUCCUGGACGUGGACGAGCCGGUCUCUCAGCUCCACAAGUGCAGCCUCCAGUUCAGAGACGAGCCCCACGCCUUCCUGUGUCUGUGCAACGACGCCAUCGUCCAGUACCGAGCUCAGCCCAGUCUCAGAGAACCCAGCAGAGUGGUUCUGAGCGACGGCGCCUGUUGGACAUCAUUGGAGGUGAAGCGGUGGAGUUUCACCUUUAAACCAGGGUCCAGCCUGCGUCCAGACACCAGUCAGUCCCGUUCCCAGUUAUCACUGUUUAGAGGUGGAGGACACGUCGCCACGCUGGAGGUCAGUGGAGAAAACUUCAGUCCUCAUCUCAAAGUGUGGUUUGGAAACACGGAGGCCGAGACCAUGUUCAGGUCUCCUAAGUCCCUGCUCUGCGUGGUUCCGGACGUCUCCGUGUUCAGGGACGGCUGGCGCUCUCUGCGGCGCCUCGUCUCCGUCCCGCUGGCUCUGGUCCGGUCCGACGGCCUCGUCUACCGCACCUCCUUCAGCUUCAGCUACAGCCCGGAGCUCCACCCCCCUCCGAGCGUCCGAGCGGCGGCAGCAGGAGGCGCAGACGGAGGAGCAGACGUGGGUCCAGACGACGACGUCCUGCUGGAGAGCAUCCACCAGGAGUUCACCAGAGCCAACUUCCACCUGUUCAUGCAGAGCUAGAACCGGGCUUUAGUUCUGCUCCGGUGGAAAUGUCUGUUUGUCCAGAACCAGCGUCAGAUAAUAAAGAGCUUCUUGAAAUCCUAA